GGACUCACAGAGAGAGAGAGAGAGAGAGAGGCGGGCCGAGGCAUGGAGUUGCAUGCACUGCACUGUCUCCUUUCACGGUAACGUUGGCAGAGCACGGAUUGGACUGGACUGGUCGUGUUUAUGCAAGGGAGCAAAACUGGAGUCCUGUGUGAAGACGUGAAGAAGAGGAAGAGGAGCGUGAGGAGGAGGAGGCCUUCUGCUGGACUGAUGGCUCCAGAGUGACAUGCCAUGGCUUUAAUGAUCCCCCCGGUGAAGCUCAAAUGGCUGGAGCACCUGAACAGCUCAUGGAUAUCCGAGGACAGCGAGUCGAUAGCCACGCGGGAGGGAGUCUCGGUGCUCUACUCAAAACUGCUAGCCAACAAGGAGGUUGUGCUGCUGCCUCAGCAGGUGCUAUGUCUGAAGGGCCCCCAGCUUCCUGACUUUGAGCGGGAAUCCCUCUCCAGCGAUGAGCAGGAACACUACCUGGACGCCCUGCUCAGCAGCCAAUUGGCUCUGGCCAAGAUGGUCUGCUCUGACUCGCCCUUUGCUGCUGCACUGCGCAAACGUGUGCUGGUGCUCCAACGCAUCUUCUAUGCACUUUCUAACAAGUACCAUGACAAAGGAAAGGUCAAGCAGCAGCCACAUUCUCCAGAGAACAACUCGGGCUCAGCUGAUCUGCACUCCAUCAGUGAGCGGCCACGCUCCAGCACUGAUGCCCUCAUUGAGAUGGGUGUUCGCACGGGCCUCAGUCUUCUCUUUGCUCUCCUGCGCCAGAGCUGGAUGAUGCCUCCUCCACCCAGUCCUAGUGGAGUACCUGGGGGCAACAUAAACUUGUGUAAUGAUGUCAUUCACACAGCCAUUGAUGUGGUUAGCUCUCUGCCGCCACUCUCUUUGGCUAAUGAGAGUAAGAUCCCGCCAAUGGGCCUGGAUUGCCUGGCCCAGGUCACCACCUUCCUUAAGGGGGUGACCAUGCCAAACUCUGGGGCAGAUAUUCUGGGGCGACGCCUUGCCUCAGAGCUUUUGUUAGGGCUGGCCUCUCAGAGAGGAUCCCUGCGCUACUUGUUGGAGUGGAUAGAGAUGGCUUUGGCCGCUGCAGCCGUGGUCAGUACCAUGGAACAGAACAAGGUGCUACAGAACCAGGAGGGCCUCAUUGGCUACGAUUGUUUCAUGAACAUCCUCAUGCAAAUGAGACGGUCUCUGGGCUCCUCAGCUGAUCGCAGCCAGUGGCGGGAACCCACACGGACUCCUGAUGGCCUGUGCUCACUGUAUGAGGCAGCACUCUGCCUAUUUGAAGAAGUUUGUAGAAUGGCGUCGGACUACUCUCGCACCUGUGUGAGUCCUGACAACAUACAGACGGGCGAGGCACCAGUGGUGUCUGAGACCUGCGAGGUGUAUGUGUGGGGCAGCAAUAGCAGCCAUCAGCUCGUGGAAGGAACACAGGAGAAGAUCUUGCAGCCGAAGCUGGCUGCCAGCUUUGCUGAUGCACAGACAAUUGAGGCAGGUCAGUACUGCACAUUUGUGAUCUCCUCUGAUGGCUCCGUCCGGGCCUGUGGAAAGGGCAGCUAUGGCCGCUUGGGCCUUGGGGACUCCAACAAUCAAUCAACCCUCAAGAAGCUGACCUUUGAACCCCACCGUGCCAUCAAGAAGGUGUCGUCGUCCAAGGGCUCAGAUGGCCACACACUGGCUUUCACGACGGAGGGUGAGGUGUUCAGCUGGGGUGACGGCGAUUAUGGCAAACUGGGUCACGGGAACAGCUCAACACAAAAAUACCCCAAACUUAUCCAGGGGCCACUGCAGGGGAAGGUGGUUGUCUGUGUGUCUGCUGGCUACAGACACAGUGCUGCAGUCAGUGAGGAUGGAGAGCUCUACACAUGGGGUGAAGGGGAUUUUGGAAGAUUGGGUCAUGGUGACAGCAACAGCCGAAACAUUCCUACGCUAGUUAAAGACAUCAGCAAUGUUGGAGAGGUUUCAUGUGGUAGCUCCCAUACGAUUGCACUGUCGAAGGAUGGACGGACUGUUUGGUCGUUUGGAGGUGGAGACAACGGAAAACUAGGUCAUGGUGACACUAAUCGGGUUUACAAGCCAAAAGUAGUGGAGGCUCUGCAGGGGAUGUUUAUCAGGAAAGUGUGUGCAGGAAGCCAGUCGUCUCUCGCCUUAACCUCUACUGGACAGGUGUAUGCCUGGGGCUGUGGUGCCUGCCUAGGAUGUGGUUCUUCUGAGGCCACAGCCCUCAGACCCAAACUAAUCGAGGAGCUGGCUACCACCAGGGUGGUGGACAUCUCUAUAGGGGACAGUCACUGCCUGGCCCUCUCACAUGACAAUGAAGUAUAUGCAUGGGGCAACAACUCAAUGGGCCAGUGUGGUCAGGGGAACUCCACCGGGCCCAUCACAAAGCCCAAGAAGGUCGUCGGCCUGGACGGAGUUGCCAUUCAGCAGAUCUCAGCUGGCACGUCUCAUAGCCUGGCCUGGACAGCGCUUCCUAGGGAUAGGCAGGUGGUGGCGUGGCACAGACCGUACUGUGUAGACCUUGAAGAAAGCACCUUUUCCCACCUGCGUUCUUUCCUCGAGCGCUAUUGUGAUGGCAUCAACAGUGAAGUUCCCCCUCUUCCCUUCCCCUCCUCCAGGGAGCAUCAUAACUUUCUCAAGCUGUGCCUUCGACUCUUGUCCAAUCACCUGGCUUUGGCUCUGGCCGGGGGUGUGGCCACCAGUAUCUUAGGUCGGCAGGCAAGGCCACUGAGGAACCUGCUCUUCAGACUGAUGGACUCUUCUGUGCCAGAUGAGAUUCAGGAAGCGGUGAUUGAGACUCUGUCCGUGGGGGCGACCAUGCUGCUGCCUCCUCUGAGAGAGAGGAUGGAGCUGCUUCACUCCCUGCUGCCUCAGGGACCUGACAGAUGGGAGAGUCUCUCUAAAGGACAGAGGAUGCAGCUUGACAUCAUCCUGACCAGUCUACAGGACCACACCCACGUGGCCUCGCUCCUGGGUUACAGCUCUCCUGCUGACGGCCCUGAGGUUCUGUCCUCUGGUGUUGGGUUCACAGCUUCCCCAGAUUCCACCUUCGGCACCACAGCGGGACAUCCAGACACACACCUGGCUGAGAUCCUCAUGAAGACGCUACUCAGGAACCUGGGCUUUUAUACUGACCAAGCGUUUGGUGAGCUGGAGAAGAACAGUGAUAAACUGCAGCAGGGCAUGUCCUCCUCUGACAGCAGUCAGCCAGCUCACCUUCACCAGCUUCUCUGCUCCCUGCAGAAGCAGCUGCUGGCAUACUGCCACAUUAACUCAGUCACUGAGAGCUCGAGCAGCGUGGCUUUACUCCACAAACAUCUGCAGCUGCUGCUGCCUCAUGCCACAGAUAUCUUCUCCCGCUCUGCAACCCUGAUAAAGGAAAGCUCCUGGAACGGCAGUAUACGAGAAAAACUUCAAGAUGUGAUCUUCGUCUCUGCAGCAGGCAGCAUGCUUUGUCAGAUCAUCAACUCUUUGCUGCUGCUUCCUGUGUCAGUGGCGAGACCACUGUUGAACCACCUGUUGGACCUGCUCCCUCCCCUGGACCGACUUAACAGACUCCUGCCUGCUGCUUCUCCUCUGGAGGACCAGGAGCUGCAGUGGCCUCUUCAUGGGACGUCCGACUUUGCUGAGCCAGCCUCAGGUAUGUCCCUGCCUCAGCCAGCAUUGUCCUGGGUAUGGCUGGUGGACCUGGAGAGGACGGUUGCUCUUCUGGUUGGCCGAUGCCUUGGUGGGAUGCUGCAGGGAGCCACCACCUCACUGGAAGAACAGGACACGGCUUACUGGCUCAGAACACCGCUCUUCAGCAACGGCUUGGAGAUGGAAAUCCCUCUGCUUGACUCGUCCAUCAGCUCCCUGUUAGAGGCAGCUCUGUGUGGAAAUGAGGAGCAGAAGCCGUUCGACUGCACGUUGUGUCCUGACCUGAGCGUCCUGGUGGACCUGGCUCUGGGUUCAUCUAAAGAACCUGCCAACAGCCUGUGGAUCAACAUGCAGGACUACGCCAUGAGCAAAGACUGGGACAAUGCGUCUCUCAGUAACGAGUCCCUGUUGGACACUGUAUCCAGGUUUGCAUUGGCAGCCUUAUUGAAGCACACUGGGCUGCUGGGCCAGGCCUGUGGGGAUGGCAGAUACCAACCAUCUAAGCCUCUGGCUGAGAUUUAUCGCUGUGUUUACAAAGUACGAAACCGCCUGCUGGCUUGUAAGAACAUAGAUUUCAUCCAGACACGGUCUUCUUCACGCGAGAGGAGGAUCUCUGACAAUCAGGACUCUCUGGACAUGGACCCUCAAGAACACUCGUUCACGCGCACUAUUGAUGAGGAGGCGGAGCUGGAAGAGAGGGCGGACCGCGAGAGAGAAGAGGGUCACCAGGAACAAGAUGAUGAAGAGGAGGACCAUGAACAUGAAGUGAUGACAGCUGGAAAAAUCUUUCAAUGUUUCCUCUCAGCGCGGGAAGUCGCUCGCAGUCGGGACCGAGAACGGACCAGCAGCAGCGCAGGCCUGGGCUCUGGCUCCGGCCCGAGGAGUGGAGGCAGAGAGGAGGACGUCAUUCUGUCUCAGGAGGGCAGGUUGGGCAGCGCGGGUCUCCCAGAGGGCCAGGACCUGUACACGGCAACCUGUAACUCAGUGAUCCACCGCUGUGCCCUGCUGCUGCUGGGCUUGAGCCCCAUGUUUGGAGAGAUUAGCAAACAGCACCAGGAGGAGGGUCAGACCCAGUCCACUACAGGGACACAUGAGUCUCUGAGCUUCAUGACCAGGAGUGAGAGUCUGAGCGCAGAGAGCCACUCAGUGCAGGGAAGCCCGAGUUACAGACUGAUCAAGUCCAGGAGCGAGUCUGAUUUGUCCCAGCCCGAGUCGGAUGAAGAGGGUUACACUCUGAGUGGAAGGAGAAACGUUGACCUGGACUUGGCGUUUUCUCACAAAAAAAGAGUUUAUUUGCUUCUUUUGGGGCAGUUGAGCCCCAAACACAAGAGGAGCUCCAAGCAAGUAACCAAUGGUUUACUUCACAGCUCCCCAGACUCUGUGGCUGAGUCUUGGUUCAGAGCCAAACUGAGCCGCCAGCGCAGCUACGGCUCGGCACACUCAUACGAAGAGUCAGACUUGGACCUGAGCCGCUCGCUGGGCAUCCACGCUCUCAUUGACAACAUGGUCAGUUUCAUCAGUGGUGAUGUGGGCCUUGUGCCUGCCUUCAAGGAGCCAGAGGAGGGUAUGUCAACUAGCCCUCAGGCGAUUAUCCUGGCUAUGGAACAACAGCAGAGCAGAGCAGAGUUGCGACUUGAGGCGCUCCACCAGAUUGUGGUGCUGAUCUCUGGUAUGGAGGAGAAGGGCAGUCAGCCCGGCUUUCAGUCCUCCUCCCUACUCACCUCUGUCAGGCUGCAGUUCCUGGCUGGGUGUUUUGGCCUCGGUACCGUUGGCACUGGAGGCUUAAAGAGAGAGAGUGUGCAGCUGCAUCACUACCAGGAUGGUGUAAAAGCAGCUAAGAGGAGCCUCCAGCUUGAAAUCCAGACAGCUGUUCAUAAGAUCUAUCAGCAGCUGUCUGUCACACUUGAGAGAGCACUGCAGGCCAAUAAGCACCAUGUAGAAGCACAGCAGCGCCUCCUACUGGUGACUGUAUUUGCACUGAGCGUUCGAUAUCAGCCUGUGGACGUUUCCUUGGCCAUCUCAAGCGGGCUGCUCAAUGUGCUGUCUCAGCUCUGUGGCACAGAGACCAUGUUGGGGCAGCCACUACAACUGCUCCAGAAACCUGGUGUGUCCCAGCUCAGCACAGCACUGAAGAUGGCGUCCACUCGCCUGCUGCAGAUACUUGCCAUCAGCACGGGAACGUACGCAGACAAGUUGAGUCCAAAGGUGGUGCAGUCGCUUCUGGACCUUCUGUGUAGUCAGCUGAAGAACCUUCUGUCUCAGGCAGGAGUCGGUGUUCUGUCUUCAGGGAAAGACCAAGAGGACAACAAGAAUGAGGAUGGUGCUGACACAGAGAAGAAAGACCUGAGAGCUCUGCUUCGUAAGCAGCAUACUGCAGAGCUACACCUGGGAGACUUCCUUGUCUUUCUCCGGAGGGUCGUGUCCUCCAAGGCCAUCCAGUCCAAGAUGGCGUCCCCCAAAUGGACCGAAGUUCUUCUCAACAUUGCUGCCCAGAAAUGCUGCUCAGGGGUCCCUCUGGUGGGAAACCUGAGAACUCGGCUCCUGGCUCUUCACGUCCUGGAGGCUGUGCUGCCUGCGUGUGAGGCUAAUAUGGAGGAUGACCAGAUGACACAGGUGGUGGAGCAUCUGUUCUCUCUGCUGUCUGACUGCAUGUGGGAAGCUCCCAUUGCUCAAGCGAAGCACCUAAUCCAGAUUAAAGAAAAAGUCCAAGAACUGAAACUACAGGGGGAGGCCGAGGAGGAGGAUGAGAAUCUUCCCAUCCAGGAAGUGUCCUUUGACCCAGAGAAGGCUCAGUGUUGUGUGGUUGAGAAUGGCCAGGGCCUGACACAUGGCAGCGGGGGAAAAGGCUACGGCUUGGCCUCCACGGGGAUCUCCUCUGGAUGUUAUCAGUGGAAGUUUUAUAUUGUGAAAGAAAACCGAGGCAAUGAGGGCACGUGCGUUGGUGUCUCUCGAUGGCCCGUACACGACUUUAACCAUCGCACAACUUCGGAUAUGUGGCUGUACCGGGCGUACAGUGGAAACCUCUAUCACAAUGGUGAACAAACGCUGACACUGAGCAGCUUCACUCAGGGAGACUUCAUCACCUGCGUUCUGGACAUGGAGGCCCGAACCAUCUCCUUUGGCAAGAACGGAGAGGAGCCAAAGUUGGCGUUUGAGGAUAUUGAUGCCACAGAGCUUUAUCCCUGUGUGAUGUUCUACAGCAGUAACCCUGGAGAGAAGGUUAAGAUCUGUGACAUGCAAAUGAGGGGAACGCCUCGAGACCUCCUACCUGGCGACCCGGUCUGCAGCCCCAUGGCCACAGUUUUGGCUGAGGCCACGACUCAGCUGAUUCGCAUCCUACAUCGCACCGACCACUGGACCCAUCGCAUCAACAAAACAAUGAUUGAUCGACUUCACAAAAUCAAACCUUGCUUCAGAGAGUUAGCUGGUGCAUCUGGAAGCGGCGGGGGACAACGGCUGAAAAAGAGCCGCUCAGUGCAGAGCCGCGAGGAGCACGAAGCCCAGAGAGAAAGCCAAGAAAUGCCCAUGAGAACGGAAGAGGAGAGAGGACGCCACGGACGGCAGCACGGCUUGGGGGAGUUGUCGGAACUCCAUCUUAGAACGCUGUGCACAGAGGUGUGGCCAGUCUUGGCAGUGAUUGGGGGUGCAGACACAGGCUUGCGUGUUGGUGGCCGAUGUGUACACAAACAGACUGGGCGCCACGCUACUCUGCUUGGUGUGGUGAAGGAAGGCAGCACUUCAGCUAAGGUGCAGUGGGACGAAGCUGAAAUCACCAUCAGCUUCCCAACUUUUUGGUCACCUAGUGACACUCCACUGUACAACCUGGAGCCCUGCGAGCCGCUGCCGUUUGAUGUGAUGCGUUUCCGUGGCCUCACUGCUUCACUUCUGUUGGACCUCACCUACCUUACCAGCAUCCAUGAAGAAACGGCUGCUAAGCUCAGUGCGCGGCGUCAUGACAAGAAGCAUCGCAACGCAGCAUCAACUGGGCAUGAGCCAACCACUAAUGAAGACAAAGCGGACAAUGAGAGACACAACCGUAACGAACAACACGAUGCUGUCGGAGACUCUGGAGCAGCUCCAAACACUGUUACCUCUGAACUGCGUGUGUCCCACAGCCUAGACGAGGUGAAGGCGCACGUAGCGCCCAACUCAAAGUCAGAGAGUGAGAUCUCCUCUGUGGUCGGUGGGAAUGAGACGCUUUUCACAGCAGCUCCUCACACUCCUGCCGGUGGCAACAGGAAGAAAUGCCACGAGCAUGGCUCCCGCAGUCACGAGCCUCCUUCCUCCUCCAUCCCCACGCAGUCGGAGAUUCACGCUGUUCAGCUGUCCUACCUCUACCUGGGAGCCAUGAAGACUCUGAGUGCCCUGCUGAGCUGCAGCAAAUAUGCUGAGCUACUGCUCAUUCCAAAGGUAAUACCAGAAGCAGCACCCAGUGGGCACAACGCUGAUCUAAAUGCUAGUACCAGUGGAAGCGCAGCUACCACCUCACCAGUCUGUCAAGAAGAGGUAGAGAUGCGCGCGGCGUUGCAAUUUCUCAUGCGUCACAUGGUGAAGCGGGCAGUGAUGCGCUCCCCCAUCAAACGGGCGUUGGGCCUGGCAGACCUGGAGAGGGCGCAGGCUGUGAUCUACAAGCUCGUCGUGAGUGGGCUGCUGGAGGAGCCCAGUGUUGGAAAAGUCAAGCCUGGAGUGAGGAUUGAACCGGAGGGUGAGGGGGAAGGUAUAGAGGGUGAGCAGUUGGCACAGACUCCAAUCACCACCAGCCCCUCUGCCUCCAGCACUACCUCCUUCAUGAGCUCAUCACUGGAGGACACCACCACCGCCACAACACCGGUCACAGACACAGAGACCGCCCCCGCCUCAGAGUCGCCGGGGGUCAUGCCUCUCAGCCUCCUAAGGCAAAUGUUCUCCAGCUACCCGACCACCACCAUGGUUCCAACACGUCGAGCUCAGACUCCUCCAGUGUCAUCUCUGCCGACCUCUCCCUCUGAUGAUGUUGGCCGUAGGCAGAGUCUCACCUCCCCUGACUCCCAGCCCACCAGACCACAGAACAGAACAGGCACCUCUCUGUCAGACCCCAGCAGCAGGCUGUCAACGUCUCCCCCUCCUCCUGCCAUCGCUGUGCCCCUGCUGGAAAUGGGCUUCUCCUUGCGCCAGAUCACCAAAGCACUGGAGGCUACAGGUGCUCGAGGUGAGGCUGACGCUCAGAACAUCACAGUACUGGCCAUGUGGAUGAUAGAACAUCCAGGUACGGAGGAUGAGCCAGACGAGCCUCACCAAAGAGGCGGUGGUGGUGGCGGCGGCGGCGGCAAUGAUAGGUCUGAAUCCUCUUGUCGAGGGGCAACAGCUUCUUCUGGUGGCAAAUGUCAAGACAGGAGUUCGUACCUGUGCUCACCUGGAGACAUCGCUAGUGCAGAUGCCUCAGAGAUGGAAGAGGGUUUCAGCGACAGUCCUGAGGGUCUUGAACAGGAAAAUGCAUCAGCCACCAGUGGCUCCGCUCUUAGAGGACGCUCUGCUGCCGGCAGGAAACACCGCUUCGACCUGGCUGCACGAACACUGUUAGCCCGUGCUGCCGGACUGUACCGCUCAGUGCAGGCGCACCACAGUCAAUCGCGCCGUGAGGUCUCAUCCCUCCAGCAGCAGCAGGACCCAGCCACUCUCUACGACUUUAAUCUGGAUGAGGAGCUGGAGAUGGACCUGGAUGAGGAGACCAUGGAGGCCAUGUUCGGCCAGGACCUCGCUAGUGACACCGACAUUCUGGGAAUGUGGAUCCCGGAGGUACUGGACUGGCCAACAUGGCAUGUGUGUGAGACAGACGAUCGAGAUGAGGUGGUGGUGUGCGAGCUGUGCGAGGCCAACGUGGCCAACUUCAAUCAGCACAUGAAGAAGAGCCACCCAGGCUGCGGGCGCAGUGCAAACCGCCAAGGUUACCGCAGCAACGGCUCUUAUGUGGACGGCUGGUUUGGGGGAGAGUGUGGCAGCGGGAAUCCCUACUACCUGCUGUGUGGAACGUGCAGGGAGAAAUACCUGGCCAUCAAGAGCAAGGCGAAAGUACCUAUAGUAGAGAGGUAUAAGGGACAAGCUCCAGACCUCCUGGGAAAACAGGACAGUGCCUAUGAAGAGGACUGGGACAUGCUAGAUGUUGAUGAGGAUGAGAAACUGACAGGGGAGGAAGAGUUUGAGCUCUUGGCCGGACCGUUGGGUCUGAGUGAGCGAAGGAUCGUCCCCGAGGCUGUUCAGUUCCCUGACAGCGACCCACUUGGAGCUUCUGUUGCCAUGGUGACCGCCACCAACAGUAUGGAGGAGACCCUGCUGCAGAUAGGCUGUCAGACCUCAGUGGACAAGAGUUCAUCAGGCAGGGUGACACUGGGCGAGCAGGCCACCGCCCUGCAAAACCCACAUGACCGAGUGAUGGCGCUGAGGAGGGUGACAGCUGCAGCUCAAGUGCUGCUGGCCAGGACCAUGGUGAUGAGAGCGCUGUCGCUGCUUUCAGUCAGUGGUUCAAGCUGCAGCCUUGCAGCAGGUCUGGAGUCUCUCGGUUUGACUGACAUUAGGACUUUGGUCAGACUGAUGUGCCUGGCAGCGGCAGGCCGAGCCGGGCUUUCCACCAGUCCUACAGCGGGCUCUGGCCACGCUGAAAGGCCCCGCGGGGCCACCAAGGCGAGCAAACCCAUCUCGUGUCUGGCUUACCUCAGCACAGCAGUGGGUUGCCUGGCAUCCAAUAGUCCCAACGCUGCCAAGCUGCUUGUGCAGCUUUGCACUCAGAACUUGAUCUCUGCAGCUACUGGCAUGAAUCUGACAACAGUAGAUGACCCGAUCCAGAGGAAGUUUCUGCCCAGCUUCCUCCGUGGUGUCGCUGAGGAGAAUAAGCUCAUUACUUCCCCGAACUUUGUGGUGACACAGGCGCUGGUGGCUCUGCUGGCAGAUAAAGGGGCACGCUUCAGACCCGCAUAUGACAAGACUGAUGUGGAGAAAAGAGGCCCUCUGGAGCUGGCCAAUGCACUGGCAGCUUGCUGCCUGUCAUCAAGGCUGUCCUCACAGCACCGCCAGUGGGCUGCCCAGCAGCUGGUCCGCACACUGGCCGCCCACGACCGUGACAACAACCAGAGCCGGCCACAGACCUUUGCCGACAUGGCAGGGGACCUGCGGAAGUGCUCCUUCAUCAAGCUUGAGGCUCACCAGAGCAGGGUCAUCAUGUGUGGAUGGUGCAGUAAGAAAGGCCUGUUGGCCACGAGUGGCAACGACGGCACUGUCAGAGUGUGGAAUGUGACCAAGAGCCAGUACACGCUCCAACAGACCUGCAUCUUUAAUAAAGAUGAUGGCUCCUCAGAAGAGGGCGUGUCCAGCCUCGGAUCUCCCAGUGACAUGUGUCUGUCUCCUUUGGCAUGGAGUGUAACUGGGAAAUAUUUGGCCUCCGCCAUUGAGAAAAUGGUCAACAUCUGGCAAGUUAAUGGUGGUAAAGGUCUCCUGGAUGUGCAGCCUCACUGGGUUUCAGCUCUAGCAUGGCCUAAAGAGGAAGCAGAGUCUUUAUGGUGUGGUGAACCGAAGGACAUGCUGCUGGUGGGUCGGAUGGACGGAUCUCUGGGCCUCAUUGAGGUGCUGGACACGGCCACAAUGCACCGCACCGAGCUGGAGCAUUGCUACAGGAAAGAUGUGGCAGUGAUGCACAUCGCCUGGUACAGUGAGGACAAGCCUUUUGCUGUGGGCUACGCAGAUGGCAAGCUACUUAUUGGAUCCAAAGAGCCCUUAGAAAAGGGCGCCAUUGUGGUUAUCGACGCACACAAGGAGUCCAUCAGCUGUAUGAAAUGGAGCCCCACUGGUCAGAUCCUACUCACCUGUGCCAAAGAGGAGACAGUGAAGCUUUGGGCGAGCCACGACCUUCGCUCCAGCUGGCGCUGCCUGCAAAGUCUCAGACACCCUUCCGUGGUUAACAGUGUAGCCUGGUGUGGCCUGCCUGGAUGUGGGCAAAAGCCCCUGAACAUGUUGGCCAUAUGCUGCCAGAACGGCCUGGUUUCAGUUUGGACUGUUCCUCAGGAUGUUUCCCACUUCGCAGAAUCCUGCUCUCCUGACUCAGAGGGAUGGUGGGAGAAUGAAGCAAAACCUAAAAUGAUGUCCUCCCGGUGUUCAGUAGAUGGAGCAACAUGUGUUUUCCAGUUAAAGGGUCACAUCACUCCGGUCAGAACAUUGGCCUUCAGCCCUGAUGGUCUAGCUCUGGCAUCUGGAGGAGUAGGAGGCCUCAUGAACAUCUGGUCCCUGCGGGAUGGGUCGGUCCUCCAGACGGUCGUAGCUGGGUCGGGGGCAAUUCAGAACAUCGUCUGGAUUCCAGAUGUGGGUGUAGCUGUCUGCUCCAACAGGUCAAAGGAUGUGCUUGUCGUCAACUGCUCCAAAGAGUUCAUGGUGUCCAACCAUGUGCUGGCCACGUGCCGCACAGCUCUGAAGAAGCAGGGUGUGGUGGGACUUAACAUGGCGCCCUGCAUGAGGGCCUUCCUGGAGAGACUGCCCGUCAUGCUGCAGGAGCAAUAUGCCUACGAGAAGCCUCACGUUGUCUGUGGCGAGCAGCUCGUGCACAGCCCCUACAUGCAGUGCUUGGCCUCCCUGGCCGUGGGUCUCCACUUGGACCAGCUCAUGUGUCGCCCACCUGUGCCACCUCACCUGCGACACUGCCCGCCAGAGUCUGGCACUGCCAUCUGGAGCAUCAGCGAGUGGGCAUGGUUGGACUGCUUUUCUACAACGGUCAAAGCAGCGGAGGCUCUCGCUCGUGGCGCCAUCUUCCCCGAGUCCUUCUCUGUUCCGGACCUGGAGCCUGUACCCAAAGAUGAAAUGGUUCUGCUCAUGGACAACAGUAAAUGGUCGCCUGGAAUGGAUGAACAGAUCAUGUCCUGGGCUACGUCGAGACCAGAGGACUGGCACCUCGGAGGGAAGUGUGAUUGUUUUCUGUGGGGUGCAGGGCGACACGGUCAGCUGGCAGAGGCUGGCAGAAACAUACUGGUGCCUACCACAGCGCCGUCAUUCUCUCAAGCACAACAGGUGGUGUGUGGUCAGAAUUGCACCUUUGUGAUCCAGCCUAAUGGGACAGUGUUGGCGUGCGGUGAGGGAAGCUACGGUCGCCUGGGACAAGGCAACUCUGACGACCUGCAUGUACUCACCGUCAUUUCAGCUCUUCAAGGAUUUGUUGUGACACAACUGGUGACCUCGUGUGGCAGUGACGGUCACUCCAUGGCACUGACGGAGAGCGGCGAGGUGUUCAGCUGGGGGGACGGGGACUAUGGCAAGCUGGGCCAUGGAAACAGUGACCGCCAACGCAGACCCAGACAGAUAGAAGCUCUGCAAGGAGAGGAGGUGGUACAGAUGUCAUGUGGGUUCAAACAUUCAGCGGUGGUCACAGCUGACGGGAAACUCUUCACCUUUGGUAAUGGGGAUUAUGGCCGACUGGGGCUGGGAAACACCUCCAACAAGAAACUGCCAGAGAAGGUCAUGGCUCUGGAGGGUUACCAGGUCGGACAGGUGGCAUGUGGUCUUAACCAUACUUUGGUCAUCUCUGCUGAUGGGAUGAUGGUUUGGGCUUUUGGUGACGGUGACUAUGGAAAACUGGGACUCGGUAAUUCCACAGCCAAGUCAUCGCCUCAGAAGGUGGAUGUGCUCUGUGGCAUCGGAAUCAAGAAAGUGGCGUGUGGCACGCAGUUCUCUGUGACAUUGACCAAAGACGGAAAGGUGUUCACGUUUGGCCAAGACCGUCUCAUUGGUCUCCCUGAGGGCCGGGCCAGGAACCACAACCGUCCCCAACAAGUCCCGGCUCUGUCGGGGAUCCACAUCCAGGACAUCGCUGUCGGAGCAGAGCACACUUUGGUGCUUUCCUCCACAGGAGAUGUUUAUACCUGGGGCAGCAACUCGGAGGGACAGCUGGGUCUUGGUCACACCAACCACGUCCGGGAGCCCGCGCUUGCGACAGUGCUGCAGGGCAAGAACAUUCACCAGAUUUCUGCUGGACGAUGCCACAGUGCAGCAUGGACGGCUCCCUCUGUGCCGCCACGAGCACCAGGCUCAUCAGUUCCCCUGCAGCUGGGUCUGCCUGUGGUGGUGCCUCCUCAGUACAGUUGCCUGAAGGAAGUGAGUAUCGAGUCAGUCAGAGCUCGCCUCCGCCUCCUCUACCACUUCUCCGACCUCAUGUACUCAUCAUGGAGACUGCUCAACCUCAGUCCUAACAACCAGAGCUGUGCCUCCCAUUACAACCCUGGCACCUGGGGGAUUGUCCAGGGCCAGCUGAGGUCACUGUUGGCUCCCAGAGUGUACACUCUGCCCAUGGUGCGCUCUAUCGGCAAAACUAUGGUGCAGGGAAAGAACUACGGUCCCCAGAUCACUGUCAAACGCAUCUCCACUCGGGGGCGGAAGUGUAAACCGAUCUUCGUGCAGAUCGCUCGCCAGGUCGUGAAGCUCAACGCCUCUGACCUCCGACUGCCUUCGAGGGCUUGGAAGGUGAAGCUGGUGGGAGAAGGGGCGGACGAUGCAGGCGGCGUCUUUGACGACACCAUCACAGAGAUGUGCCAGGAGCUGGAGACAGGGGUGGUGGACCUGCUCAUCCCUUCCCCCAACGCUACAGCAGAGGUUGGCUACAACAGAGACAGGUUCCUCCUGAGCCCGUCAGCCUGCCAUGAUGAGCACAUGUUGCAGUUUAAAUUUCUGGGCAUCCUGAUGGGCGUGGCCAUCCGCACCAAAAAGCCCCUUGACCUGCACCUGGCUCCGCUGGUGUGGAAGCAGCUUUGCUGCAUACCGCUGCAACUGGAGGACCUGGAGGAGGUCGACCUCCUCUACGUGCAGACGCUGAAAAGCAUUCUUCACAUUGAAGACAGCGGCAUCACCGAGGAUAAUUUCCAUGAGAUGAUUCCUCUGGAUUCCUUUGUGGGGCAGAGUGCAGAUGGUAAGAUGGUGCCCAUCAUCCCAGGAGGAAACAGCAUUCCUCUCACGUUCUCCAACAGGAAGGAGUAUGUGGAGCGAGCUAUUGAGUACAGGCUACAUGAACUUGAUCGGCAGGUGGCAGCGGUUCGUGAAGGCAUGUCGUGGAUCGUCCCCGUGCCACUGCUGUCGCUGCUGACGGCCAAACAGCUGGAGCAGAUGGUGUGCGGUAUGCCCGAGAUCUGCUGCGACGUGCUGAAGAAGGUGGUGCGGUAUCGAGAGGUGGACGAACAGCACUCGCUGGUGCAGUGGUUCUGGCAGACUCUGGAGGAGUUUUCCAACGAGGAGCGUGUCCUCUUCAUGCGCUUCGUCUCCGGACGCUCGAGGCUGCCGGCGAACACGGCUGACAUCUCUCAGAGGUUUCAGAUCAUGAAGGUGGACCGGCCGUACGACAGCCUGCCCACCUCUCAAACCUGUUUCUUCCAGCUGCGACUGCCGCCGUACUCGAGUCAGGCCGUCAUGGCGGAGAGGCUGCGCUACGCCAUCAACAACUGCCGCUCCAUCGACAUGGACAAUUACAUGCUCUCCCGUAAUGUGGACAACGCAGAGGGCUCCGACACCGACUACUGACGAAGGCACUUCACACACGUCCACAUAAAUAAAUCAUAAGAUUCCCGGCAAUGACUGGGAACAGACUAAUGUAUCUGAAGUCACUAGGCAAAAACGCGCGCGCGCACACACACACACACACACACACACACACACCCAGAGAUGUGACGUCAUCACUGCAUCAGUCGUGGGAAACUCUGCAGCAUUUUACAUCAUUUUAUGUCUUUAAACAGCAGCUUCUCUUUUCUUCUGUGGUUCAUUCUCAGUUUUUAAACGAUACAAAAAUCCACACGAGGAGCGAUUUUAGUUGAAUCAGUUCCAGGGUUUCUGCAUGGAGCUUUGUUUUUGUUUGAAAUGUGUAUAGAUUGUUCAGAUGAGUGGAGGGUGGGGGGGGGGGAAUAAUUGUACAUUGUGUAAAAUGCUCCAUUUGGAAAAUGUUUUGCAUAAUAUCCCUAUUUAUUGUUUUCAUUGCUGUGCCGAGUUUCCCAAAGCAAACAAAGAACAACAAUAAAUGCUGCAUAACGGA